GAUAAGAUAUACUUCGACGGUACCACAGUUUCCGGCUGCACUUUCAAAAUGAAGGUUGGGUCAUUUACCGUAAAUUUAUAAAAGUUGAAUUAAAGAUUUUCUGGCCCUCCAAGAAGUGUAAACAUAAUAAAAGUUUAAUCCAUUCAAAGUGAAAAUACUACGUAACAAUCUACAUUAAGGAGUUUCAGUGAUAGUGAAGCUAUAUAUGUACAUAUGUUCCUAAUUAUGUGUACAGCCAAUUUGGGGUUUAUCAUUAUUGCUACAAUAAUAUCAUGUGCAACCAGUGAUACUUUAAAUAGUUCAGAUACCAAUGAAAUCCUACCUGUAACAUUUGGUAAAAAGGAAUUUCUCCGACAAGUAGCCAUACCAUCAGAUCCUUUCGGGCUGAUCUCUCAGCGAAUACCAUGCCAAUGCGACAAAGGAGUAUGUAAAUGUUGUGUAGGCAAUGCUUUAAGCAUUUUCCAACUUAAAGGAUGUAUGGAAGUUGCCUAUAUGCCGGAAGAUUUUGCAUUCGAGCUGAGAAUGAAAAUGAACGAUCAAGUUUUGUAUAAGAACAAAGUAUCUGGCAAGAAUCCACCACCAAUUUGUGUGAGACCACCGAGGUUCCCUUUUGCAAAAGUUUGUGUGACUUUCUAUGAUGUUUACUUUUUCGGGCGAAAUAUGCAUGUUUGUAUGGAUGUUGGUGGUUUUGUUCAAGGAUUCGAAUUGUUUUCAAGGACAUUCGAUUGUCUCCGUGUGGGAGCCCAAGGUGUUAGAAUCGUCAGGCCAGAAGAAGGUUAUCCUAUUCGUCCAGGGGAUGUAGAUAUUGAUCAGGGUGAUGACGAUGAAAUCGAGGAUUACGAUGAAAAUGUGGUUAGAAAUAAUAAUCCCCAAAAAACGCCUGCUAAAGAAUCGGAAGAAGACGAGGAAGAAGAGGAUGACGAUGAUGAUGAUGAUGAGGAUGAUGAAGAUUCAGACGAAAGAAAGUGAAUGAACAUUUUGUUACGUUAGCUAUAUUUCAUUGGAACGAUUAUUGCAAUUGUUAAUUUAUUUAUUUAUUUUAGUAUAUUUAAUAAUAUAUUGUAAUAUGGUUA